UUUGUAAAUAAGGCGGCUUUGUAAAAAAGAUCAACUCUCAAAAAUACAGCUUCUGAUGAUCUCCUGUAGAAGAAAAACAAAUGAUUGGGCAGUGAAUCACAAUCGUUGGAGUGGAUCAGUCGGAAAUCAGAUUCCACCAGUUGGAACUCAGCAGCUCCAGCUGCAAUCAUAUGUUUUCUGGGCAUAAAAACAGCAGCCAGCUCAGCCUCAAAACUUCCAAACAAUUGCAAGCAGAUGCCUCAGUACCAAGUACACCGGCGUCAGGGCAACUCUGUUCAACGCCAGAGCUGAAAUCAGUUUUGGAACGACUCCGAAACGUGGCGGCAACGUGGAAAAGCAUCGACUCAAGGCAUUUAGGAUCCAUCUAGCAGGGACCAGUGAUCCAUAAAAUCUGAGGUGGCGAAGUGUGGUCCAAGCGCAGCUGGUUAAAAUGUGUGAUGGUGAUGUUGCCCCUGACUCUGGUGCUCAUUCUGAUCAUGCGGUUGGACGGAAUGCUGGAGGCUUUGCAGCUGAACGAGCAGAGGAUGCGCGAGCGACGGGAGUCCGCUGGGAAGGUACCCAGCUACUUGGAUAACUAUGAGGCCUUCCAGCCGGAGGGCAGCACCUAUAACGAGCUAAUCAACGAGGAGUUCCUGCUGCCGGCGGGCAAGCGUGCCCAUCAAGAACUCAUGGCUGCUGAACGUGAUCGACGAUGUCAGCCCUAUCGGUAUGCAAACGGCGAGACCUUAGAGCUGGAGGAGCGUAGCACGCUGAUGAAGGACUCGCGCACAUCCUUCUUGCCGCAGGGCAUUCCACGAGAGUGUCUCGGCAUUGACCUAGACAUAAAGCCCUUAGGCAACAGUCCCAACCUGCCACAGAAGAAACGUUUUCAGGAUGAGGCUGCCUACUGGCUGGAGCGGAGCAGGCAGCACAGGGAACGACGCGGAGCGGAGGGCCAGUCCGGCGAGGCCAAUUCAGAUCAGGCGGCCUUGAUCCAUGAGGCUACAGCCGCAUUGCAGAGCUUUUGGAACGAGGAGGGAACUCGCGAGGGCAUUCGCAUGGCGCAGGCAAUGACCAUGAAGCGGUACAUGGACAGCAAAGUGGAUCCCUGCGUAGACUUUUACAAAUACGCCUGUGGGAACUGGGAGAAACUGCACCCGAUACCCAAGGACAAAGCUGGCUUCGACACCUUUGAAAUGCUGCGCGAAAGCCUUGACCUGGUGCUGCGCAAUCUCCUGGAGAAGAAUGAUUCGCCUGCUCCAGCGCCUGAGCCGAGAAAGAGUCGGGUUCGGAACACGCUCUUCAAGCUCAACGAGCAGGGAGAGGGCGAGAGCGGGAGCGAGGCGGACCAGACGGCGGAGCUGCGGGUGGAACGUCUAAAGAGGCACAUCGUCAGCCACAGGCAGUUGCUCAAUCGUGUCCUCGUGCGGUACAAGCGAUACACCAACGGAACCAAGCGGAAACGCCUCAUCGAUGCCACCAGGGAGAAGACCAAAGAGGAGGAAGCUGCUGCACCCACUGUCUCGACAAAGGAGAAGUCCAAGGAAAAAUCGGACACCGAGGAGCCAAGAAUACACGAAGCGGCCACUGUUAACCUGCUCCAGCCCCAGCACGAUGCCCAGCUGAAGGCCAAGAAUCUAUACCGCUCCUGUGUAAACAGCCAGUUACUCGCCAAGAGGGGCCUGGUGCCACUGCAUACGCUUAUCCGGAAACUGGGCGGCUGGCCCGUCCUGGACCAUAAUUGGAGCGACGCCAACUUCAACUGGCAGAACCUGGCCGCCACUCUGCGGCGCUACAACAACGACAUCCUCAUCGUCCAGUGGGUGGGAGCAGACAUCAAGAACUCCGAGGAGAACAUCGUGCAGUUCGACCAGACGGGCCUGGGUCUACCUACCAGGGAGUACUUCCUGCAGCCCAGCAACAACAAGUACCUGCAGGCCUACCAACGCUACAUGUCCGAGGUGAUGCACAAGAUGGGAGCCUCCAAGUCGGACGCACAGCGGGUGGCCAGCGAGCUGGUGGCUUUUGAGACGCAGCUAGCGGGGAUAACAGCGCCGGCGGAGCAGCGACUCAACGUGACCAAGCUCUACAAGCGAAUGUCCCUGGAUCAGCUUCAGACUUUGGUGCCGGAGAUCAAGUGGAUCACCUACUUGCAGAAUCUGCAGGAUCGUGAGGUGAGCGGUGCCGAAGAGGUGGUCAUCUACGCGGUGGAGUACAUGAACAAGUUGGUGACCCUGCUGGAGGAGACGGAGCCCCGCACCGUGGCCAACUACAUGAUGUGGCGCUUCGUACGGCAUCGCAUCAACAACGUGGACGAUCGGUUCGAUGACAUCAAGCAGCACUUCUAUCAUGCCCUGUUCGGUCGGGAGGAGAGUCCGCAGCGUUGGAAGGUGUGCAUCGCCCAAGUGAACACCAACAUGGGCAUGGCGGUGGGUUCGAUGUUCGUCAGCCGGUACUUCGACAACAACAGCAAACGGGACACCCUACGGAUGACACACGACUUACAGCAGGCCUUCCGGGAUAUACUCAAGACCACCGACUGGCUGGACACAACCACCAAGCAGCUGGCGGAGGAGAAGGUCAAUGCCAUGUCCCUGAAAAUUGGCUACCCAGACUUCAUCCUCAAUCCCGGUGAGCUCAACAGCAAGUAUGCGGGCAUCGAAAUCCAUCCGGAGAAAUACUUUGAGAACACACUCAAUGUCCUCCUCCACACGGCCAAAACGGAGCAGUCCAAGCUCCACGAGCGGGUCAACAAGACCAACUGGCAGACGGCACCGGCCAUUGUGAAUGCUUACUACAGUCGCAACAAGAACCAGAUAAUGUUCCCAGCCGGAAUCCUGCAGCCGCCCUUCUACCACCGCCACUUUCCCAAGUCACUAAACUUUGGCGGCAUUGGCGUGGUCAUCGGUCACGAGUUGACCCAUGGAUUCGAUGACAAGGGACGACUUUUCGACUGCAACGGUAACAUCCACAAGUGGUGGACGGACUACUCAAUCCGGGGAUUUGACGAACGCGCCCGUUGCAUCAUCGCCCAGUACAGCAACUACACGGUGGAAGAAGUGGGUAUCGUUCUCAAUGGCGAGAGCACGCAAGGCGAAAAUAUCGCAGAUAAUGGUGGCCUGCGCCAGGCUUUUCAUGCCUACCAGCGUUGGAUGCAGGAACACCCCAACGAGGUGCCGGACGAGGUUCUGCCGGGCCUCAAUAUGACCGGGCCGCAGCUCUUCUUCCUCAACUUUGGCCAGGUGUGGUGUGGAGCAAUGCGACCCGAGGCCAUACGGAACAAACUGAACACGGCCAUCCACAGUCCGGGUCGCUUUCGAGUAAUUGGAACGCUAUCGAACUCCGUGGACUUUGCCCGGGAGUUCCGAUGUCCCGCUGGCUCGCCGAUGAACCCCUCCAAAAAGUGCAGCGUGUGGUAGAUGCGGGAGGUCUUGCCCAGCUAUAGCCUAAGAGUAUUAUUCAUGACGUAUGCCAAGCAGUCCUAGACCAAAGACCGGAGGCAUGCCAGUUGCUUUCAAUUGACAGAACAGCAAAUUGGCGAGUGCCCAGAGAUAUAUGCCGAGGAUCGAACGGGAUGACUCCCUUCACUACAAAGAAUAUGUGCCAAAAAUUAUAACUUGCUACUUUAUAUAUUUUCUAUAGCCCUUAACUAUUUAUACGAUAUGUAACUUGCAAUAGUUUAGUUUAUGAUGCAAUUUAUGUUUGUGAUAAUUCUAAUUAAAUUUAAAUUACCAAA